AAUGCACCUGUUCAGCAUCCGGACAGGAACAUCUUCAGUGACGGAACGACUCGAGUUGAUUUCGUGUUGGUGUGGGAGGAGCCUCUGAGCGCACAGGAGGAGGGCGCAGGUGUCAGCCCCGCCCACAGGAAGUGGAGGGCUUCGUUCCUGAGGAAGCUGAGGCACUCGGGACUGCUGCAGGAGCAGAAGGAGGUCCUCAGGGAGAAGGAGAAGAUCUGUUUUGUCCUCCUCAGUGCUCCGUGGAGCGUCCUCUGUUACUACGCUGAGGAGAUCAGUCUCAGAGUCCCUCUGCAGGUGGUUACUGCUCCAAUCACCAACUGGUCUGCACAGGUCCUGUCCCGGCUGUCCCUCCCUAACCCUCUGUCUCAGGACGUCCCCAACCCCCCUCCUGACUACUACACCUGCCAGUUCAGGACUAACAAGCUGCAGAGGAAGUUUUGGGGCCAGCUGAGGUCGGAGUUGUACCUCCUGAGAACCGGCGUCCUCCUAUGA